AUGGAAACAAACAUUACUGCAGAUCGCAUUGUCCCCCAGGGCUCAAAACUCUUUCCUCCGCUCCCUUGGGAAGCUCGUAUAUGUAAUGAGACUGAAGAUGGCGAGCCGAUUUUGAUGGACAAUGGUAACCCAUACCCCGCGGCAGACCGAUUCGAGAUUCUUAAGAAGGAACUGCUCUUGGACAAUGAUGAUGCUUUCCGAGAAGUUACACGAUUACCGCCCAAGGAGGGCCGUCAGCGGGUUCGUGUGGCUAAUGCAAGGAAAUUUUGGACGGGGCUGGAGCGAAUGUCCCAGUGGUGGGAUUCCAGCCUGGACAAUUACUUCGAGCGCCCUGCCACCCGUGAAGUAGCGUCCGGCGAAGACAAGAUGCAGACAGAUGGCGAACCGCAGCCGUCAGAGAUACAGGACUCAACAACUACGCCAAUGGAGGUCGACAACCCACCAACGACACAGGCCGUCGACGGAACGUCUUCGGAUCGGGAAGAGGGGCAGCAAGCGAUCGUUCAAAGAUAUACCGGCCGCCGGAUAGGUAGCGGACAGGAAAUGCCAGAGGAUGUUCGGGAGGAGACGGUGCGAGCGCUGGCUGAGAUGGCCGCCUGGCCAUUUGGUUGCCAAGUAAUUGUCCCGAUGCUGCCACCGCGACUCACCGUCAAGAAAAUCCUCUUCCCCAUCCGACAGUCUUUCCAGGCUGCCCGAUCGCCCAAAGACCGCCAAUUGGCCCGUAGCGGUGUCAUGGAAGGCCCUGUCUUUGUUGCCCAAUGCAGGCCGGAGACCUCGUUCCGAGGACCUGAAGACGCACCAGGGUCCGGCGUUGGUGAGGUAUGCGACCUGUUUCGGGAGCUCGGUGCCAUGCUUCUCGCCGCGCAGGAACGCGCGAGGCAGGGGACGACCGAAGAGAAAGCCGGUGAGGGCAAGUGGUGGGCAACCAAACCGCGAUGGGGUGGAGCGACCCAGGACACGCAGGACAACAGCAAUGACGAGGACCAGCCUGUGAGGGAUGGCAAUGACCGCAAGCGCUCUAAGUACGAGCACCCAUUCCUCGCAUCCCGUCGCGCGGGCUCCGGGCGGAAGCUUAGCAAUGCCGAGAAGUGGAAGAUUGUGCAGCCAGGGCCAAGUCUUUGGGACAAACGGAUGAGGUACAUUCAGAUUGGGAAAGACAAGGACAGUCCAUUCGACGAUAUCUACAUGCUCUCCUCCAUCAAUCACCACGUUGCCAUUCUUCACCUUCGAAUCCACCGUCGGUAUCUGGACCUACUCACAACAGGCGAGAGUGACUUUCCCCCGGAGACCCACACGCUUGACCAGCCCUGGCAGGUUCUCAAGCUUCGGCGAACGAAAUGGUAUGACUUGUUUGACGCGCAGGAACGUCUCGAGGUGUUUCAGGGCUUGUGGACAAUGUUCCACUACCUUUUGCGCAAGCAAUGA